AUGCAUAGAGACUGGGAAAAAGAGGAUGAAAAGGAAGACUGUAGUAAAGCUGGAGAUAAGAGACCUAAGAAGAAAAUGAAAACAAAAUUCGGGAAGUUGAUAAAUAUCAGAGAAGCGGAUAGAUGGACGAUGAGUAAGACCAGAGAAGAGGAUAGCAACGAAGAUCAGAAAAAUUAUGGCGAGGAAGACAAGCUCGGAGAUCGGCGAGGAAGAGCAGUGAAAAGGGUGGCGAGGAAGACCGAAGAAGUAGACGGAAGACCAGAGAAGAAGACGCCGAGCGAGAAGGGAAGAAGACAAGAAAAGAGGAAAGCGAGGAAGACAAGAGAAGAGGACGGCGCGGAAGACCAGAGAAGAGGACGGCGCGGAAGACCAGAGAAAAGGAAGGCGAGGAAGACCAGAGAAGUGGACGACGCGGAAGACCAGAGAAGUGGACGGCGCGGAAGACCAGAGAAGUGGACGGCGAGGAAGACCAGAGAAGUGGACGGCGAGGAAGACCAGAGAAGAGGAUGGCGCGGAAGACCAGAGAAGUGGACGACGAGGAAGGCCAGAGAAGAGGACGGCGAGGAAGACCAGAGAAGUGGACGGCGAGGAAGACCAGAGAAGUGGACGGCGAGGAAGACCAGAGAAGAGGAUGGCGCGGAAGACCAGAGAAGAGGAUGGCGCGGAAGACCAGAGAAGAGGACGGCGAGGAAGGCCAGAGAAGAGGACUGCGCGGAAGGCCAGAGAAGAGGACUGCGCGGAAGGCCAGAGAAGUGGACGGCGAGGAAGACCAGACAAGAGGAAGGCGAGGAAGACAAAAGAAGAAGAUGGCGAGGAAGACCAGAGAAGUUGACGGCGAGGAAGACCAGAGAAGAGGACGGCGAGGAAGGCCAGAGAAGAGGACUGCGCGGAAGGCCAGAGAAGUGGACGGCGAGGAAGACCAGACAAGAGGAAGGCGAGGAAGACAAAAGAAGAAGAUGGCGAGGAAGACCAGAGAAGUUGACGGCGAGGAAGACCAGAGAAAAGGAAGGCGAGGAAGACCAGAUAAAAGAUGAUGGCGAGGAAGACCAGCGAAGUGGACGGCGAGGAAGACCAGAGAAGUUGACGACGCGGAAGACCAGAGAAGUGGACGGCGAGGAAGACCAGAGAAGAGGAAGGCGAGGAAAACCAGACAAGAAGAAGGCGAGGAAGACCAGAGAAGUGGACGGCGCGGAAGACCAGAGAAGUGGACGGCGCGGAAGACCAGAGAAGAGGACGGCGAGGAAGACCAGAGAAGAGGACGGCGAGGAAGACCAGAGAAGAGGACGGCGAGGAAGACCAGAGAAGAGGACGGCGAGGAAGACCAGAGAAGAGGACGGCGAGGAAGACCAGAGAAGAGGACGGCGAGGAAGACCAGAGAAGUGGACGGCGAGGAAGGCCAGAGAAGUGGACGGCGAGGAAGACCAGAGAAGUGGACGGCGAGGAAAACCAGACAAGAAGAAGGCGAGGAAGACCAGAGAAGUGGACGGCGAGGAAGACCAGAGAAGAGGACGGCGCGGAAGACCAGAGAAGAGGACGGCGAGGAAGGCCAGAGAAGAGGACGGCGCGGAAGACCAGAGAAGAGGACUGCGAGGAAGACCAGAGAAGAGGACGGCGAGGAAGACCAGAGAAGAGGACGGCGAGGAAGACCAGAGAAGAGGACGGCGCGGAAGACCAGAGAAGUGGACGGCGCGGAAGGCCAGAGAAGUGGACGGCGAGGAAGGCCAGAGAAGAGGACGGCGCGGAAGACCAGAGAAGUGGACGGCGAGGAAGACCAGAGAAGAGGACGGCGAGGAAGGCCAGAGAAGAGGACGGCGCGGAAGGCCAGAGAAGAGGACGGCGCGGAAGACCAGAGAAGAGGACUGCGAGGAAGACCAGAGAAGAGGACGGCGAGGAAGACCAGAGAAGAGGACGGCGAGGAAGACCAGAGAAGAGGACGGCGCGGAAGACCAGAGAAGUGGACGGCGAGGAAGACCAGAGAAGUGGACGGCGAGGAAGACCAGAGAAGAGGACGGCGAGGAAGACCAGAGAAGAGGACGGCGAGGAAGACCAGAGAAGAGGACGGCGCGGAAGACCAGAGAAGAGGACGGCGCGGAAGACCAGAGAAUUGGACGGCGCGGAAGACCAGAGAAGUGGACGGCGAGGAAGGCCAGAGAAGUGGACGGCGAGGAAGGCCAGAGAAGAGGACGGCGCGGAAGACCAGAGAAGAGGACUGCGCGGAAGACCAGAGAAGAGGACGGCGAGGAAGACCAGAGAAGAGGACGGCGAGGAAGACCAGAGAAGAGGACGGCGAGGAAGACCAGAGAAGAGGACGGCGAGGAAGACCAGAGAAGAGGACGGCGAGGAAGACCAGAGAAGAGGACGGCGAGGAAGACCAGAGAAGAGGACGGCGAGGAAGACCAGAGAAGAGGACGGCGAGGAAGACCAGAGAAGAGGACGGCGAGGAAGACCAGAGAAGAGGACGGCGAGGAAGACCAGAGAAGAGGACGGCGAGGAAGACCAGAGAAGAGGACGGCGAGGAAGACCAGACAAGAGGAAGGCGAGGAAGACCAGACAAGAGGAAGGCGAGGAAGACCAGACAAGAGGAAGGCGAGGAAGACCAGACAAGAGGAAGGCGAGGAAGACCAGACAAGAGGAAGGCGAGGAAGACCAGACAAGAGGAAGGCGAGGAAGACCAGACAAGAGGAAGGCGAGGAAGACCAGAGAAGAGGAAGGCGAGGAAGACCAGACAAGAGGAAGGCGAGGAAGACAAGAGAAGCGGGUGGCAAGGAAGACAAGAGAAGAGGAUGCCGAGCGAGAAGAUUAGAGAAAAAACCGAAGAAGAUAAGAGCGAUCCAGACUGAUGAAAAGGAUGGUGAGGACGGCCAGAGAAGGGCGAUAAAGACCAAAGAAAAGGAUGGUAAUGAAGACAGGAGAACAUAAUGGUGAGGUAGAUUGGAUAAUAGAAUUGAGAGCGGAUCGUAAAAGAAAAUGACAACAAAGACUAACAACUACAAUGGACCGACCGAUGGAAGACCGGAAAGGGGGAUAAGAGGAUGGUGAAGAUGGAAACAGAUGUUGAUAAUAAAGAAGACUGGUAAAGAGAAUGAAGAAAAAGUUCGGAGUAUGUAUCCAGAUCACUAUGAUAGGAACGAAAUAUAAAUAUAAUAAUAAUACGAAGGAAGAUAGGAACGAAAAUAUGGGAAAAGUGGGAAGAUGACUUCUGAAGAAAAUAAAACGAAGAAAAGAUAAAAAAUAAAGGUAAUGGAUGAGAUGAAAAGAGAUUUAAGACCAAAAAUUAAGACUUACGAAGAUGACAAACACGUUCGAUAAAGGAGCAUGGAAACGAAAACUGGAAAAAACUUGGAGCCAUAGACUGAAAACGGGUAUGAAUACUGCGAGUGUAGACUUUUAAAAUCUAGAUUGAAAAUGAUUAACGAUGCUAAAAACUAGUACAAAAACUUAUAAAUAUACACAGAAAAGAAGAAAACUUGUUAAAAAUAUACGAAGCAAUAGGUAAAAGUUGAUGAUGUUCAAAUGAAUCUGUAAUGAAACAUAAAAACUUUACAGCUUUGCAUUCAAUAUCGUAGCUAUAUAAAUAUGAAUAUAAUGUAAACAAAUGAAAUAUGUACAUAUAAGAAGUACAAAGUAUUGACAGAUAACAUAAACAUAAUAAAAAAAUAUUAUUUUCUGCAUGUUUUGCGAUUGUUGCUUUGUUUCGCCGCACAUCGCUAUACGAUUUUAGUUGCAAACUUAAUUUAAUGUUCUCAUAUAAGUGAAUAUUGUAUUCUUUUUUUUUAGUUUCUUUAACCCCUAUAAUGUAAACAAAUUAAAUGUGUAUAUAAAAAUAAUGAAAUAAAUGUUAUAAGCUGGAACUUUUUCUUGAUUUCGUGCAAUUUAGUUCCCUUAAA